AUGAUUCGUUCAGUUGGGCUUGCCAGACCGUGUAUUCCUAUAAUGUGCAUGAGAAACUGCACCAAAUCCGCAAUUAAAGUUUCAAUAUCACAAUUCCACUCGGCUUCCAUUGCAGCGAAGAGUCAUAUUAAGCAGCACUCACACCACAACUUCUUAUCAACGCUAGGAUUUGAAGAGCUGUAUCAAAUAAGGUCAAACAUAGAACUACUCAUUCAAGAUUUUGCAAAGAAGAACGUGUCACCGAUUACAUUCAACUUCUUGACGCAAUACAAGCCUCCACUCACUGACAAUGAAAAAUAUGCGCUUACAAUCAAAACAGUCAACUUACUACUGACUUACACAAGUCGUAGACUUGCAGCGAUCCAGAAGCUUCCGUAUAUCGCGGUGGUAAACCCCAAUAUCGAAGAAACGAAUCGAUUGUACUUGAAGACGCUUGAGAGUCUGCUGUCGAUGGAAUAUCCAUACGGGCUGCAUGACCAGGAUACAAUGGUAAGAAAACUGACCGGAUUUCUCGAUGAUCACCAAGACACGCUAGUGACACUUUCCCGCGGAUUUGAGGAGAUCAUGGAUUUCUACCCUAAAGAGUCGGUAUUUGAAUUUCUGAAUCAUCAUCUAAGAGACCGCAUUGCCAUGAAACUGCUGGCAACACAUUACCUGGCCCUAGUACGCCAACGUGACCCAAAUUUACCAACUGUUGGUAUCCUUCAUAAGAAUUUAAAAAUUUCCGAGUUGAUUCGCAGAGUAGAGGAGUUUGUUGGAGACCUCUGUUUUGUCAAAUAUGACCAUCAAGUUCCGGUAAAGAUUUUGGAAGGCGCUGAUGAGACUUUCCCUUGUAUUGCAACUGAUCUGGAGUAUGUUUUGACCGAGAUUCUCAAAAACUCCAGUAGAGCGCAUAUUGAGAACAGUACGCCCCAAAACAAUUUGGUAGAGAAGCCAAUUGAGGUGACAAUAGUUCGGAACGACUGCGAUUUAGAAAUUAGAAUACGAGACUUUGGCGGAGGAAUUCCACCAGAAGUUGAAGACCGCAUGUUCGACUACUCUUACAGUACCGUAGAAGAAAACGCCAAGGACACUGGCAUGAGCGCGUAUGUUAUACCCGGAGAGGACGUCGCGAAUGUUUCAGGCAUGGGAUUUGGACUCCCGAUGUGCAAGGCCUACCUGGAGAUGUUCAAUGGGACCUUAGACAUACAAAGUUUGUGGGGUUGGGGUACCGACGUCUAUAUCAAACUGAAAGGCCCGGACCCAAAAUCCUUCAAAAUAUCUAAUGCUGAGCGGUAA